AUGCUCAACUCGAAAACAAUGACCUCCUCGUUGCUCAAAGGACUGCUGCUGUUGGUGAUGAUGAUCACCUUCUCAUCAACGGACUCCUUGGCAGCUCUAAUUUCACCAUCCGAUACACUUGCGGAUGAUUUAUUAAAAUCAUCGAAUUAUGUAAGGAUGGAAACGGAAAGGCUCGGUUCUUCCCAACGUAUGAAUGAUGCAUCGAAAAGAGGACCAGCUCUCUUUGUUCCUGAACAAUGGAAAAAGAUUGCUUCUGAGAAUGGAAAGAGAAGCACAAACGAAAAUCAAAUGUUACAUCUAACAUUUGCUUUAAAGAAUCAAAAUAUCGAUAAAUUGACUCAAUUACUUUUAGCUGUUUCGGAUCCUUCUUCGCCACAACAUGAAAAUUACUUGACGAUGAGCCAAGUGGCAGCCAUGACUACUCCACGAUCCGAACAUAAGGAACUUGUUUUGAAUUAUAUCAAGAGUAUUCCUGGAGCUAUUAUUGUUAAAAUUUCAAAGCAUGAAAACUUUGUGAGUGCAUUGCUUCCAUUGAGCUCAGUGAACAAAUAUUUGAAGGCCGAUAUGCAAGCAUAUAGACAUGAAAAAACAGGAGAUGUUGUUUUUAGAUCUGAAAUUGGAUAUUCCAUGCCAGAAAAACUUGCACAAGCUGUAACCAUGAUUUCCGGUUUGGUUCGCUUCCCUACUGUUGAAAGAAAGAUUAUUUUCAGCGAUUCUCAACGCUCUCGUACACCAAAUGAUUUUCCGAUUACACCACAAGUUAUUUGGUCCAGAUACAACAUUACUUUCCCUGCAUCUGUCGAUCCAAAAAGCUCUCAAGCAGUUGCCAGCUUUUUACAACAAUACUAUAGCACUAGUGAUUUGGUUCUUUUCCAAAAUACUUAUGGACUCGAAAAGCAACUUCCAAAGCUUGUGGGACCAAAUAUUGAGUCGAACCCUGGUGUUGAGGCUAGUUUAGACAUUCAAUACUUGAUGGGUGUUGGAUACAAGAUUAACACUACAUUCGUUUCCACUCCAGGAAUUAAUCCAAUCACAGAGCAAGAACCUUUUUAUGAUUGGAUUAUUAAGCAACAAGAAAUGGGUGACCAAUCUCCAUGGGUACAUAGCGUUUCAUAUGGAGAUAUUGAAUACCAAGCCACCAGACCAAUGGCUGAACAACUCGAUGCUGAAUUUAUUAAAUUUGGAGUCACAGGACGAACAAUUAUGAUCGCCAGUGGAGACAAUGGAAGUCGAUGCAACAAUGAAGGCACUCAAUUCCAACCAGAAUGGCCAACAUCUAGUCCUUGGGUCACCAGCGUUGGUGCAACUACUCCAUCAACAGAAAAUUGGUGGGAAGAAAGCACAUCGUGGAGUGGCGGUGGUUUUUCAAAUUACUAUGCGCAACCUAAAUAUCAAGCCAAUGCUGUCAAGACAUAUCUGAAUCAAAAUGGUGCCCCUUCCACAAGUUUCUUCAACAUUUCUGGACGAGCCUAUCCUGACGUUGCUAGCUUGGGUGUGAAUUAUCAAGUAUUCGUGGGUGGAGUUGUGAAAAAUGUCGCUGGAACCUCAGCAUCCACUCCAUGCUUCUCGGGUGUAGUCGCUUUGAUGAAUGAUGCUAGAUUCAAGGCUGGAAAGAAGCCACUAGGAUUCCUUAAUAUUUGGAUUUAUCAACAUGCUGGAAUUACUCCAUCAGCUUUCUACGACAUUACUCAUGGUGUUAAUACUGUAGCUCCAUGUCCUCAAGGUUUUCCUGCCGCAAAAGGAUGGGAUCCCAUCUCUGGUUUUGGAGUACCUAACUUUGCAAUUUUGAAACAUUUAGCAUUAUUGAAAUAA